AUGCAAGAACUGCAGAAAGUCAUGGUAUUUCUCGGUCAUGGCUUCGGACACCUCAACAACAAAUGCAGAGCCAACAGCAGCCACCACCCCUGCCACCUAGAUCACAACAGCCGCCACCACUGCCACCUAGAUCACACCAGCAGUAACUCAACAACAACAACAACAACAACAACAAAAACAACAUCAACAACAAUACCAACAUGGCUGGCAGAUCCAACACUACAACUGCUGAAAAUUUCCUUAAUAACAUCGGAGAAGCUGCAGCUGCACACCAUACAGACCAGCACCAACAACAACAACAACAACAACAACAAUAAUGUGGAAGAUGCUGCAGAAAUGCUGCGUCAGAGUCCAGAAUCAAGACAUCAUGCUAAUGCAGUGGUAAAGCGGGAGAUUGCCAAACAGAGUCGGCGUAGGCUGUCAUCUUUGUUACUGAUUGUCUGCAAUCUCUUAGGAUGCAUUCUGUUCAUCUACUACAUGUUCCAAGACCAGAAGCUCUAUCUGAGCCUGGUCUUCAUUCCUCCAUACACGCAGCCUCUCAGCGUUUGGGAUGUACUGUGGAUUGUGGGUGUGACAGACUUUGUACUCAAGUUAGUCACAAUAAUCCUAAAAGUUUCCAUUGCAGCACUUCCUGUUUUUCUUCUACCCUACCAGAAAAGGGGAAAGUGCUACCUGUUUUUAGAAACCACAUCUCAGCUAUAUCGGAGCCUGGCCCCAAUCCAGCCAUGGUUAUACUACCUGCUGGAAUCUCAUCAGGGAACUGACAAGGUUGUUGGAGUAUUCCUGUCUGCAGCAUAUAUGGUGUCCAAGGGAACUGACCUUGUGAACAGAGUGAAACUCUGGCGAGGUGCUUUUUGGAAGUUGCUGCAGAAUGUGAAUCUUGGUGUGAGCCCAAACAAAGACCAGCUACCAACAGCUGGCAGUCAGUGCCCAAUCUGCCACGAUGAACAUGAAACUCCAGUUCUCCUCCAUUGUCAUCAUAUCUUCUGUGAAGCACGCAUUGCUACGUGGUUUGACAGAGAGCAGACAUGCCCUCUCUGUAACGCUAAUGUUGUAGAUGACCCAUCAUGGAGAGAUGGUGCUACAACAUAUUUUACCCAGCUUUAUUGA